CACAAUCUAGAGUCAUAAAACACGAAUCGCCAGCGCCAAAUGUUCGGAAAACCUUUAAGAUAGAAAAACCCGGUAACACAAUCAUGUCUUCAACCCCACUUUUCACCACCCCACGGCCACCACCGUCCACCACCACUACUCAUCAAUCCCCAGCAGUAGACAGACUCGCUUUCCUUGUCGACAAGUCUAAAUCCAUCAACCACCUUCUCCAAGUCCAUGCCGUCCUCCUCCGCCAUGGCCUCCACCAUCACCCCGUCUUGAACUUCAAGCUUCAGCGUGCUUACUCCUCUAUUGGUCGCCUCGACUAUUCUCUAGCCCUUUUCGAACGUACCCAUAACCGGAAUGUGUUCUUCUGGACAGCCAUUGUUCAUGGCCACGCACAACGUGGUCUGCACGACCAAGCACUCUUCUACUACGCACAAAUGCUGAUUCAUGAUGUCGAACCCAAUUGCUUCACCUUCUCUUCGCUCUUGAAAUCCUGCCCGGUUGAACCUGGAAAGGCCCUUCAUUCCCAAACGAUCAGACUCGGGUUUGAUUCGGAUUCGUAUGUUAGGACGGGCCUCGUUGAUGUUUAUGCUAGAGGGGGGGAUCUGGUGUCCGCGCAACAGCUAUUUGAUACUAUGCCUGAGAAGAGUUUGGUUUCUUUGACGGCUAUGAUUACAUGUUAUGCCAAGCACGGGGAGCUUGACAAGGCCCGAGUAUUGUUCGAAGACAUGGUGGACAGGGAUGUGGUUUGUUGGAAUGCGAUCAUUGAUGGGUAUGCUCAAAAUGGGAUGCCAAAUGAGGCUUUGUUAUUGUUUAGACAGAUGUUGGCAGCGAGAGUUAAGCCUAACGAAGUGACUGUACUGGCUGCACUCUCUGCUUGUGGGCAGCUUGGAGCUUUGGAGUCUGGUAGAUGGCUUCAUUCUUAUAUUGAGAAUAAUAGGAUUGACGUCAAUGUUCAUGUGGGUACCGCGUUGGUUGAUAUGUAUAGCAAGUGUGGUAGUUUGGAGGAUGGGCGUUUAGUUUUUGAUAGGAUCAAAGACAAGGAUGUCGUGGCUUGGAACUCAAUGAUUGUAGGGUAUGCAAUGCAUGGAUUUAGCCGAGAUGCUUUGCGGUUGUUUCAUGAAAUGUGUGCAGUUGGACACCACCCUUCUGCUAUAACUUUCAUUGGCAUGUUGAGCGCUUGUAGCCAUGCCGGUUUGAUCAGCGAGGGAUGGAGAUUUUUCAAUUCAAUGAAAGAUGUAUAUGGGAUUGAACCUAAGAUUGAGCACUAUGGGUGUAUGGUAAAUCUUCUUGGCCGUGCUGGCCAUUUAAAUGAAGCAUAUUUGCUUGUCAAAGGCAUGAAGACUGAGCCGGAUCCUGUCUUAUGGGGCACUUUGCUAGGGGCUUGCAGGCUCCAUGGUAAGAUUGCUUUGGGAGAGGAAAUUGCAGAGUAUCUGGUUGGCAAGAAUCUUGCAAAUUCAGGAACAUAUAUUCUGCUUUCAAACAUAUAUGCGGCCACCGGCAACUGGCAGGGGGUGGCAAGGGUGAGGACCUUGAUGAAACUUAGUGGGGUCCAGAAGGAGCCUGGAUGCAGCUCAAUUGAAGUGAAUAAUAUGGUGCACGAGUUUCUUGCCGGAGAUAGGAGACACCCAAAAAGCAAGGAAAUCUACAUGAUGUUAGACGAGAUAAAUAAUUGGCUCAGAGCGCACGGUCACGCCCCACACACAGAAAUAGUGCUACAUGAUCUUGGGGAGAGAGAAAAAGAGCAAUCCCUUGAAGUUCACAGUGAGAAGCUAGCUAUUGCUUUUGGGCUCAUCAGUACUCAACCAGGAAGUACAAUCAAGAUUGUAAAGAACCUUCGGGUAUGUCUGGACUGUCAUGCUGUGACAAAGUUGAUUUCAAAAAUCACCGGACGUAAGAUUGUAAUGAGGGAUCGAAACCGAUUUCACCACUUUGUGAACGGUUCAUGUUCUUGUGGUGAUUACUGGUGAAGUGGAAUAUAUCCAUCUCAACAGCUCGUUUAGAAGACU